UAUAAAUUAAAUAGGUAAUACGUACUUUUCGAAUUACUCUUUGCGUGCAAUGUGAGCAGAGAUUGGCAAACUUUAGCAGAUUCAGAGACGAGAGCUUGAGAGCCCGUGCACUGAUGAUGGAGCUAUUUGAGAAACAUGAAUUAAUAACAAUAAAACACAUGAAAUCGAUAAACCGAGUUAAACAUCAACUAAAAACUGACAUUGUGAAGACAGUAUUGGAGCCCAACCACUGUGAUGUUCACAUAGUACAGUCUGAUAUGGACACACGGACAGAACUAGACUCAACUGUUGAAGCAGUUGCAGUGAAACAUGAAGAGAGACGUGACCCUGUGUUGGUUGAUGCUGACCACACUCAGCACAUGACUGUGACGAGUGAAGAGUUUAGUGAUGCAGACGGCUUCAAUGGACACCUCGAUGCAUGUAAAGAAGAAUACCUAUCUGAUGACAGUGAUCUGUCAGAAACAGAGCAGAUGACUGAUACUCUAUGGACAACACCUUCAACAUGUAAAGAGGAAGUGGUAGAAGCAGUGGCACCAAUAAAACAGGAAAUAACCUUUGCAUGCACAACUUGUUUGAUGGAGUUUGCAGAUGAAGACAUGUACAUUCACCAUACAAUGACACAUUUGGAGAACGGUGCUGGUGAUGGUGAAUGUGACACAUCACAAGUAUGCAAGCCUCAUACAGCUGUGAGCUCCUCACACUCUUCACUCAUCACUGAGAACAAGGAAGCCAUUCAAAAGCUGAUCGAAGACCUCCAGCCUGCCACAGACUUAGCUGAGACUUCAGUCGCUCAUCUGCCCACAAGUUUUGCAACAAAUAAUGCUGUAGAAGUGUUUCCACCUGAAGACGUCAAUACGACCGUCAGCUACCAACACAAAAGAUUACCAGAUUCCAAUCCAAUCAAAUCUAACCCAUCAGCCUGUAUGCGUCCACUGCUGGACAUAGGCCUUUCCACGAGCGCGCCACCAAACACGGUCCUCCGCCUUCCUCAUCCACCUGCUCCCCGCCACCUUCAGGUCGUCGGUCCAGCGGGCUGGAGGUCGUUACCUGAUUGUUAUGUCAAAUUAUAUGAUAUAUUUUCCGAAAAAGUUACAGCAAGACAUGAUCCAUUGCAGAUGAAAACACGAACAGCUGUUAGGCCUUUUGACAACCAGAAUAUUGCGUCUAACGAUUCAAGUUAUCAGCCAGCAAUGAUUAAACCAUAUACCCACUGUAGUCUUUGGAUUAAGCAAGAAGUUGACGUUAACAACCAAUCAGUUGAUAGCAAGUUAUUAGUAAAUUGUGUAGUCAAAUUGUAUGAUAUUUUCAAAAGGCAAGAUGAGUCACUGAUUAAAACUCGAAAAGCUGUAAGAUUUUGUGAUGGUCAGAAUAUAUUGUCAAAAAAUUCCAGUUAUCAAGCAGCAAGGCAGAGAAGAGUCCGUUCAACAGGAUGCAUUAGACCAAGCAAUAAUAGGAGGAAAGAAAUGGCAUCAUUCACUUGUGAUAUUUGUCGAAAAGUGUGUAAACGAAAAAGUAUCUUAGUCAAACACAAAAAGACUCACGCUGAAGUAAAACCAUUAACUUGCGAGAUUUGCCAAUACAAAUGUAAAUAUCAAAGUUGUUUGACGAAGCAUAUGAGAACUCACACUGUUGAAAAACCGUAUUUGUGUAAGAUAUGCGAUUACAAAUGUGAAACAAAUUGUAAACUAUUAAAGCACCUGAGAACUUACCAUGGUGAAAAGUGUUUCGUAUGCGAUAUUUGCCAAUUCAAAGCUAAAUUUAAAUGUAAUUUGAUUCAUCAUAUGAGAACUCACACUGGCGAAAGGCCAUAUGUUUGUAAAAUAUGCAGUAAAAAGUUUUCACGAAGUGAUCAUUUAGUAAACCAUGUGGCAACUCACACUGGUGCAAGACCAUAUUCUUGUAGUUUAUGCAAGUAUGCGACUGCAGACAAAUAUUAUUUACGCUGCCACAUGAAAAUUCACACUGGUGAACGACCAUAUUCUUGUGAUUUAUGCAAAUUUAAAUGUAGAGAAAAAUAUCAGUUAGCCCCUCAUAUGAGAAUUCACACUAAUGAGAAGCGUAUUUCGUGCGAGCUUUGCCAGUUCACAACUCAUUUUAAAGAAAGUUUAGUUCGCCACAUGAGAAUUCACUCUGGUGUUAGGCCCCAUUCUUGUUCUAUCUGCGGCUUCAAGUUUGCUGCAAAAUCUCAUUUAAAUCGCCACAUAAAGACACACUCUGAUGAAAGACCACAUUCUUGUAAUUUAUGCAAAUAUAAAUGUAAAGAUAAGCAGUAUUUAGUUAUUCACAUGAGAACUCACUCUGGUGAAAAGCCAUAUACUUGCGAGUGUUGCGGCAAUAGAUUUGCAACAACUUGUAGUUUAUUGGCGCACAAGAGAUUACACACUGGCGAGAAGCCUUAUUAUUGUGAUAUAUGUAAUAGCAAAUUUGCACGAAAAGGUGAUUUAGACGCACACAUCAAAACUCAUACCGGUGAAAAGCCAUUCGCUUGUAAGUUAUGUGAGUAUAAAUGUAUAAAAAAUGGUGAUUUAGUUAGGCACAUGAGAAAGCAUACUGGUGAAAAACCACAGUCUUGUGAGAUAUGUCAUAAAAAAUUUGCACGACUUAAACCGCAUAUGAGAACUCACACGGGCGAACAGCCAUAUUCUUGUAAAAUUUGCAAUAAGAAAUUUACAUUAAAAGGUAACUUGGAUUGCCACAUAAAAAUUCAUACUGGUGAAAAACCGUAUUGUUGUAAGUUAUGUGAUUACAAAUGUAUAUCAAAUAGUGAUUUAAAAAAGCAUAUAAGGACACACACUGGUGAAAAGCCGUAUUCUUGUAUGUUUUGUGACUAUAAAUGUGCAACAAAUAGUUAUUUAGUGAAGCACAUAAGAACUCACACUAGAGAAUAGCCUCAUCAUUGUAAGUUUUGCGAUUACAAAAUAUAUGUCAAAUAGUGAUUUAAAUUAGCAUAUAAGAACUCACACUAGAGAAUAGCCUCAUCAUUGUAAGUUAUGCGAUUACAAAAUAUAUUAUGUCAAAUAGUGAUUUAAAUUAGCAUAUAAGAACUCACAUUAGUGAAUAGCCUCAUCAUUGUAAGUUAUGUAAUCUUACAAAAUGUACAUGAAAAUAUAAUGAUUUAGUGAAGUCUUGGUGUUUGUAAAGUAUGCGAUUAUGAAUUUAUAUCAAAUAGUAUUAAAGUACUAUUUGAUAUGUUUGCAGGUUCCACCCACGUCGUUAACUAUUUUUUCAAUACUGAAAACGACGAUUCAUAAAAUAGUUUGUAACCUGUGACCAAAACAAACGAACAUAAUAUUAUGGUUGAGACUUCGUCUGUGU